AUGAGACGAGUAAAAGAAAAAAACAAGGUUUACGAGCAGCUGAUUUUAAGUCCUAAAUUUUCAACAAGGCGCACAUCUCCAAAGAAUUCGUUCAGUUCAGAUUCAAAACUAACAGGACCUCGAACAAAUAGAAGCCCUGUUAAUUUUUUGCGAUUUGGAUUAAAUUAAAAUUUUUUUUUCUUAUUUAAAUAAAAAUAAUUUAAUAAUCAUAGAAACCCGAUUUGGAUGCCCAACCGAUGUGAUAGUCCACAUCCCUGAACAAAUUGCUGUUUUAAAUACCAAGUCCCAAGUUGACUUAUCCAAAUCAAACUUAAACAUCCAAGACUUAAUUGACCAAAAUGCAACUAAAAAAAUGAAGAGAAAAAUCAACUCAAAUUUCAACAUUUGGGAACAAUUUGACUCUAUCCAAGUCCCUAUCAAAUCCUUCGAGCAAGUAAAAAGACCUCGCCAUUAUUUCUAUUUAAGCAAAGAAGAGCCUAAAGAUGAAGACACAUUUCGUCUUGAACUGACCAACAAGAUUUCAGAGAAGCCAAACUUUGAUUAUUUAAAGAUAAGUCCACAGACAGAAAAUAUCCGAAAAGAUUUAUUUGAUGCAAUUUCACAUAUAAAAUCGUCUGUACAGUCCCCUGGAGAAAGCUGAAAAAAUUUUACGAAUUUUUCACCAUAUGCAGUUCCACAGUCUGAAGAUUUUAUAAAAGCAGUCAAAGCAGGGAGGGUCAUGGACGUCCAGAAGCUUUUUACGUCUAAUAAAAAGCUUGUGCAUAUAGUAGACUCGGUCGGAGAAACCCCUCUUCAUUGAGCUGUCAAAAGAAAUGACAAAGCAAUGGCCCAGCUCUUAAUUGUGAAUGGUGCAAAAAUCAAUGAAGUCGACAUAUCACGUCGAAGCCCAGUCUUCUUAGCAGCAAAACUUGAUUUCCCUGAAAUGGUAAAAAUCUUAUUAGACGCAGGGGCAGAUGUCAAUAUCCCUUCAAUGAAUGGGCUCACUUUAUUUGAUAUUGCUAAAGAAGGCAGCCUUACUUUUUCCCUGCUCCAGCGUUAUACAGCUCGUAAAAAUUAA